AUGUCAGGAGGAUUGCCACACUCACAAAACACGUUAGUCUUACCUGUGGCUUGUGGCAGCAGCUGUCAUGGAGCAAAUUAAAGAUGGGUGGUUUACGGAGUCGUGCGCGCUGUGGCCGGGACAAGCGAUGAGCCUCCAGGUGGAAGAGGUCCUGUAUAACAAAAAAUCCAAGUUCCAAGAUGUUAUGGUUUUUAAGAGUAAAACCUACGGGAACGUUUUGGUCCUGGACGGAGUGAUCCAAUGCACCGAGAGAGAUGAGUUUGCAUAUCAGGAAAUGAUUGCCAACCUCCCCCUGUGCAGCCACCCCUGCCCCAAAAAGGUUCUGGUGAUCGGUGGAGGAGACGGCGGUGUGCUCAGAGAAGUGGUGAAGCAUCCUCUGGUGGAGUCCGUGGUUCUCUGUGAGAUAGAUGAGGAUGUCAUCAACGUGUCAAAGAAGUUCCUACCAGGCAUGGCUAAAGGCUUCUUCAGUCCCAAACUGACGCUCCAUGUUGGCGAUGGCUUUGAAUUCAUGAAGCAAAACCAGGACGCCUUUGACAUCAUUAUUACCGACUCCUCGGACCCCGUGGGACCUGCUGAGAGUUUGUUCAAGGAAUCUUACUAUCAGCUGAUGAAGGCAGCUUUGAGGAGCGGAGGAAUUCUUUGCUCCCAGGGAGAGUGUCAGUGGCUUCAUUUGGAGCUGAUAAAGGAGAUGCGUACCUUCUGCAAAACUCUUUUCCCCGUUGUGGAUUACGCUUACGGCACCAUCCCAACCUAUCCGAGUGGCCAAAUCGGAUUCAUGCUCUGCAGUAAAAACCCCGAAACAAACUUCAGAGAACCGGUGAAAGCAUUGUCAAAAGAAGAAAUGGAGACUAUGAACUUACGGUAUUACAACACUGAAAUUCACAAAGCAUCAUUUGUUCUACCUGAGUUUGCUAGAAAGGUACUCAGUGAUGUAUGACCAACAACAACUGACCUCCAUGUUUGUUCUCUACCUGGCGCUCCGAACUCAGACACAAGCAAUCAAGGACUCCAUCUCCUCCAUAUGUCACCUCAGAGAUCCGAUUGUGAAAACCUGCUAAGUUUGUGAUCUAGUAGCAGCGUUUCCUAUGUUGUUCCUCAUGUUUCUAUGGGUUUUUUUUUUUUAUAUUUUCAAUUGUCUUAUCAGUAUUUUGUGAAAUAUGAGCUGGGCUGAAAAGAGAGGAAACCUUAUCAAACCUGACCUCAUUCUGAAACGAUGUAUUUUGUUAUAUCUGCACACUCAACAGCUACACACCAGUAUAUUUACCCAUACUGAAUAAGUGUUGCUGCACAUUUUAUCUCUUUGUUGCCAUCGGAAAACACUCAUGACUGCCCGUUCAAGUCAUUGAUCUCCACAUAAAUCCUAUUGUGCAUGAUAAUGAUAAAAAAAACUCACUUUCAAGUUUAAUCACAAGUAGUGUCCUCAACGAUGACUUAAGGGUCAAAAGUUGAAGAAAGUUCCUUUUUAAAAAGUGUUACUAACCUGAAAUGAAUUGAAAAAAACGAUUGAAAUACAGUGAUGUAUUAUGAAAAAAGUAAAAAAAUUAUGAUUAACGAUGACGUUAAUGGAAUUUUUUUUUCGCAAGAUAUGAAUUUAUUAUGCAAUGAUAGUUUACAGAAUUCUAUAUUGAUCUUUAGUAGUAAACCUGCUGUAGUUGAGUCACAACUAUUCCAGUCAUGAAUUUAAUGUCUCACUUUUAUUUCUCAUGUCAGUGUCAUGAAAAUACUGUGUUAAAGAAAAAAUCAACUGUGUCCUCGAACUGUUUCCUGAGAUGUAAACAGGUGUUUUUAUAAGAAUUCUGAACUAUAAUAAAAAGAUUAACACAAAUUUCA